ACCCUUUUGUCCCAAAGAACCAGAGAUCUCAGUUUGGUCUCUUUCCUCAUCGAAACAGCGACAAUACAUCGAAGAACACACACUACAAUGGCUACGGAGGAUGCGAUCGAUACGCCGGAGGCGGCGCCGGUUCCGGAGGUCGAGGUUGCGGCGGAGAAGCAGCCGCACAAGCUCGAGAGGAAGUGGAGUUUCUGGUACGACAACCAAUCCAAGCCCAAGCAGGGAGCGGCUUGGGGAUCUACCCUUCGCAAGGUUUAUACCUUCGACACCGUCGAAGAGUUCUGGAGUUUGCACGAUAGCAUAUUCAAGCCGGGCAGAUUGAUAGCAAACGCUGACUUUCACUUGUUUAAGGCCGGUAUCGAACCAAAAUGGGAAGAUCCCGAGUGUGCAAACGGAGGAAAGUGGACAUGGACUGUUUCCACCACUAGGAAGUCAACCCUAGACGAUAUGUGGCUCGAAACUUUGAUGGCUUUGAUUGGAGAGCAACUCGAUGAGUCGGAUGAGAUUUGCGGUGUGGUUGCUAGUGUUCGUCAAAGGCAAGACAAAUUAUCCUUGUGGACAAAGACAGCAACUAAUGAAGCUGCUCAGAUGAGCAUUGGGAAGAAGUGGAAGGAGAUACUCAAUGUCACUGACAAGAUUACUUACAGCUACCAUGAUGAUUCUAGAAAGGAUAGAUCGGUAAGAGGUCGGUACACUGUUUGAAAGCUCGGUGGUUGGUUGCACACUGUACUUCAUCCGUGCAAGAUCUGAGGCUAUAUACACUCGAGGAAGACAUACAUACAACCUUUUUCAUGCCUUGUCUGUUCAAGAACCAAAUACCUGAAGACGUUUUUUUUUAUCCGGAAGUUGUUUUUGUUGUAUAACUCUACAGUAUUGGUCCCUUUUGAUGAGAACCUUUCCAGUGAUGAAUCGUUAUAAAAGGCAGCGUUUUUCGUU